AAUCCCAACACUAAUGACAAUCCUAAUGCAAAUACCAACUUUAACCUCAUUUCCCAAAGGUGUCCCACACCUAAUCCCAACUCAUCUUUAUCUAAUCUUUACCUGUAAUCCCAACCCCAAUUCCCACCCUGACUCACUCAGUGACCACUGUAUUUGAAUCUCCCUUUGCCCAAUGGGUACUAACAUUGUGCUGGAGUGGCUUAAGAGCCUGAAAUUGUCCCAGUACACGGAAUCCUUCAUGGACAAUGGCUAUGAUGACCUGGAGGUUUGCAAACAGAUUGGAGAGCCAGACUUGGAUGCCAUUGGGGUUGAGGUUCCUAGACACCGGAAACUCAUCAAGGCGGCCGUGGCACGUCUCUGUGAGGAAGAAGAAACUGGCACCGUGGUCUACUUCACUUUGGAGCCACGGGCUGCAUCCUUUUGUCAGCCUUACAAUUAUACCAACCUGAAGGAAUACCAACCCAGACUGAGGACUGUGCUGUGGAGGAGAGCACAAAGAACCAGUAGAGAAUUGCAGAAUAAUGUGACAUCCAGCAGGCGAGCCAGUCAUAAGAAAAGAAUUAUUUACUCCAAGCUCAUACUGAAGAUCAGGAAUAAACGGCUUCGGGGCAGCAAAACUCCUUACUCUAAUAAGGUAUGGCGCAAGUACCUCUCUGAGUUUAGUGGUGUCAGCCAUUCCCUGAAGCAAUCCAGUUUUAUGCCGGAAGGAAAAGACACAAUCAUGCCCUCUGUUAACCUGCACUCAAUUAAAAGCUGGUCAGUCACCCCGAGGGGAAUGACAUGA